GGGAUGUCCCGGAGACCAGCUAUUUUCACAGGUUUUCAUCAGUCCCUCCAGGCACAUUCCGGGAUACGACGCUUGCAUGUUCUUCUCAACUCGUUUAUUCUGACAUUCGACGCUACACACGGACACCUACGUUAAACUACAAUGACAUGGCCCCUGAAGAGAUCGACCUUGAUGAAGGGUCAACUCAUACCUGGACCAAUCACAGUUCAGAACGGGACCACACCUUCCCGCAGAGGGCUUUUUAACGGGCAGGUGCGCAGUGCGGAGCACAGUUACUUCUUCAGAGAGCGCUUCAGUUUGACCAGCAAAAUGACAACUUACACAAACAAGGGACCAAAGCCUGAUAAGGGGCGCUUCCUGCACUUUGACCAUCUCACCUUCUGGGUUGGAAAUGCAAAACAGGCUGCAAGCUACUACUGCACAAGGCUUGGGUUUGAACCCAUGGCAUACCAGGGUCUGGAGACGGGUUCCCGGAAGGUUUCAGCUCAUGUGGUCCGACAGAAUCAGAUUGUUUUUGUAUUUACUUCUGCAUAUGAGCCGGAUAAUGAUGAAAUAGGGCGACACUUGGUUCGGCACGGAGAUGGAGUGAAAGAUGUCGCAUUCACUGUUGAAGAUCUUGAUUCCAUUGUUGAGAGAGCAAAGCAACAUGGAGCAAAGAUUAUAAAAGACAUUUGGGAAGAAAGUGAUGAGGGUGGAACGGUACGAUUUGCGAGGGUACAGACGUAUGGUGACACCACGCAUACGUUUGUUGAGCGUUCUGAUUAUAAUGGAUUGUUUCUGCCUGGUUACAAGGAACCAUUGCAGGAGGAUGUUCUUUGCAAGAAAUUGCCACCAGGAAGGCUGGAUUUUGUGGAUCAUGUGGUUGGGAAUCAACCAGACCAAGGCAUGGUGCCCACAGCAGACUGGUAUGAAAAGAACCUUAUGUUCCACAGGUUCUGGUCUGUAGAUGACUCACAGAUCCACUCGCAUUAUUCUGCCUUGAGAUCCAUUGUCAUGACGAACUGGGAGGAGACAAUCAAGAUUCCAAUAAAUGAACCAGCACCAGGUAAAAAGAAGAGUCAAAUUGAAGAGUAUGUAGACUAUUAUGGUGGUGCAGGAGUGCAGCACAUUGCCCUCAACACACAGGAUAUCAUUGGUGCGAUUCGCAACUUGCGCGAGCGUGGACAAGAAUUCCUUCAGGUUCCUGAUACAUAUUAUGAAAUUCUCAGAGAGAGGCUGAAAGCAGACAAGGUGAAUUUAAUUGAGGACCUGGAUGUGUUGCAGGAACUGAAGAUACUUGUGGACUAUGAUGAAAAUGGGUAUCUGCUGCAGAUCUUCACAAAGAACAUGCAAGAUCGCCCGACUCUGUUCCUUGAGGUCAUUCAGAGGCACAAUCACAAUGGUUUUGGAGCUGGUAAUUUCAAGGCACUAUUUGAGGCUAUUGAAGUGGAACAGUUUCAGCGUGGGAAUUUGUGAAUUAUGGUUUUAAGAAGGUAAUUUUUCAGUCACCAGUCACAUGAAUGUGAAUUAAAUUCUCUCUUAUUCUAUUGUGUAUUAUGCAUAGGGACCUGAAAAGACAUUUUCCAGUUUUCACAGUCAUGACAGAAAUGGGUCGGUAGCAUGACUAAAACUGUAUAAUGGCAGGGGUUUAGUCUAAACAAUUUUGUUUUAAUCACAAAUCUAGACAUCUUGGUUUUAACAAAAGUUUUUUAAAUUUAUUUUUUACUUUAUCAUCUCAAAUGUUGCUCUGUGGGUGCAGGAUAUUAAAUCAUUCGAUCUAAUAAUUCUCCUAUAGUAGGCAAACUCCUUAAAUGCUUUGUAUGUAAACUGAAAUUGGGCACUUUUGCUCAAUGCUACUGAGUAUCAUUGUCUCUGUCCUUGUAGAAAUUUAAUUGUCAAACCGUGUCUGUAAAGGCAUUCUAAUAGUUCCUGCUAUUUCCCCAACUCAUAACACUCAUUAAAGGGUAAAGUUGUAGGAAGUCUAAUUUAUUUUAUAUUUGUAAACGUACUGAAUGCCUAUAAAGAACUCUUCUGCUGAAAGUAUAUACAUUUCUUCAUAGUCUGAUACUAAAAAGUCUGCAGAGCUUAUGAUUCUGUAAGUUGCUCAGUGAAAGGGAACACAAAUUACUGUCACUAUUUGAGGUUCCUUCAGAAUAUUUAGAUGUCCACAAUUUUUGUGACCUCCUAGGGAUAAACACCGAUGACCACAAAGAAAUAUACGUUCAGUAAUAGGUUUCAUGAGAAGAUUCUGCUGUUUGUAAUGAUAUAAAUAAUAAUGGUGAACAAGAUGGUAAUGUUCAGGAUUUUAUUUGACAAGACAUGUAAAAUCAUAGAGGUUAAAGAAUGUAUUUGACAGGCUGUUUUGUUUCCCAUGGUGUACUGAAAUGUUGGACAUUUGAGUUGCUUUUAAACAGAGAAGCUGUUACUGAAGAAUCAGACUGGCACACUGAGUGUAUGUGGCAGGGGUGUGAUAUUCUGAAGAAAUCAACCCAUGAUCGCUUAAACUUUUAAGUCACCAAGUGCAGAACUACAAUUGACCGUCUAAGAUAACCUAGGAAAAUCAAGUGAUGAUCCUAUUAUAUUAUAAUAGGGGGAAUCACUGAUAUCUUUCCCAUAAGAAAAUGUUCUACACGGCAUGGCAUGUAAACCAACGUUUUUCUACUAGCUAGAUUAGUUUUAAUAUCUAAGAACAGUUCAGUAUAAUUAUUGUAAUAAAUACAUUUUUUACAA